AUGUGUGGAAUAUUGGCGGUCGUGCUAGCGAACCAGAAGAACAAUGUCGCCUCCGAGCUCUUCGAAGGCGCCAUGUUCCUCCAGCACAGAGGCCAGGACGCCGCAGGUAUCGUUACCUGUGGAGCCCGAGGCCGUUUCUACCAGUGCAAAGGAAACGGAAUGGCCAGAGACGUUUUCACCCAGCUGAGAAUGGUCAACUUGGUGGGCAACAUGGGAAUCACUCACUUGAGAUACCCGACUGCCGGUUCCAGUGCCGGCAGCGAGGCCCAGCCGUUUUACGUCAACUCGCCUUAUGGUAUUUGCAUGUCUCACAACGGUAACUUGGUCAACUCGCUGGAGUUGAGGAAGUACUUGGACGAGACCGUGCACAGACACAUCAACACCGAUUCCGAUUCGGAGCUUUUGUUGAACAUUUUUGCGUCCGAGUUGGACAAGUCCAACAAGAGCCGUGUGAACAACCAGGAUCUCUUUGCUGCUUUGACCUCCACCAUGGAGUUUGUGAGAGGCGCCUACACGUGUACCGCCAUGCUUGCCGGUUACGGUGUCAUUGGUUUCCGUGACCCCAACGGUAUCCGUCCGCUUUUGUUUGGUGAGAGAGAGAACGAGGAUGGUUCUUCUGACUACAUGCUUGCCUCUGAGUCUGUGGUUUUGAAGGCUCACGGUUACAACAAGUUUAGAGACAUUGCUCCCGGUGAGGCCGUCAUCAUCCCCAAGGCGCCUGACGCCAACAACAAGCCCGAAUUCAGACAGGUGGUGGAACCAAAGGUCUUCUCGCCAGAUAUCUUUGAGUACGUGUACUUCGCCAGACCAGACUCCGUUUUGGACGGCGUUUCCGUUUACAGAUCCAGAAUCGAGAUGGGCAACCGUUUGGCCACCAAAAUUAGAAAGAGCUUCCCCAACCACGACGUUUUGGGUGAGAUCGAUGUGGUGAUUCCUGUUCCAGACACCUCGCGUACCUCUGCUUUGCAGUGUGCUGUCUCCUUGAACAUUCCUUACAGAGAGGGUUUCGUCAAAAAUAGAUACAUUGGCCGUACAUUCAUUAUGCCCAACCAGCAGGAAAGACGCCUGAGUGUGAGAAGAAAGUUGAACGCCAUGGAGUCCGAGUUCAAGGGCAGAAACGUGCUUUUGGUGGACGACUCCAUUGUCAGAGGUACCACCUCGAAGGAGAUCAUCCAGAUGGCCCGUGAGGCCGGCGCCAAGAAGGUCAUGAUUGCCUCUUGUGCUCCUCCAAUCCGUUUCAACCACAUCUACGGUAUUGAUUUGGCCGACACCAAGGCGCUUGUGGGAUUCGACAGAACGGAAGAGGAGAUCGCCGAGGUCAUUGGCGCCGACAACGUCUUCUAUCAGGAUCUUCAAGACUUGGUGGACUGCUGCUCAAGCGAAAAGACGCUGACAUUCGAAGUGGGUGUUUUCACCGGCCAGUACAUCACCGGUCCAGAGGAGAAAUACAUCCAGGAGUUGGAGAAGAUUCGGGCGCAGAACCAGCGUUUGAAGGAGGUCACCAAGGGUUUGAGCGUGGACGCUUGCAUUGAUGUGCUGGACCUUGUGGAUGUCAAGGCUGAGCUGGACAUCUCGAUACAUAACGCCGGCGACCACAACCCAUAG